AUGCCGACCACCGAACCGUUUCGUGCCUUCGAGUCUCGUUGGUGGGCUGUCAUAAUGGGAAUUGCGAGCUUAUUAGUAGUUCUCGUCGGAUUUCUUGAGUUGCCAGACGUCGAAUGUGAAAUGCUCCAGGUGGUCCGACCUCUCCCCGUGCAAAAAGACGAUGUGGUCGUGACGGGACAGAUCGGUGUCUCCAUGGGUUCGGAGGUACUGCUUGCUAAGCCAGAAGCCUGUGCUUCACCUGCCGAUAAUGCGCAAACUAGCGAUUGCUUUGAAACCAGCCCUGGAAGUCAUUGGUAUGGUGGUGGCGAGCAGUACCGCCAACCCUGGCCGCUGGAAUUGCAAGAACGUCUGAACUUUCCUUUCGUCACGGGGGACAUGCUACAAAAUGAAACGGCGUUCUACGGGGGCCUGAUCGAACGAUACUUUUUGAAUUCCAGAGGGAUGGGUAUCUACAUUUCUCCAGACGUUCCGCUGUUUCACACGGUGACAAACGGCACGCUUUGUUUCAAUGGGAAAGUCGAACUUCCAUUCAAAGCUCCGGAGCUGGAGCUCCCAUCAUCGAACUUCUUGUUCAAAUACGAUUUAUGCUCGGCCGGCAUCGAUCCGAGGGAAACUCACGUGGAAAUGGCCAGAAAAUUCAUUAGUGCUCCGGUUUCCGCUCCUGAUGAACGUAUGAUUAGAGCUCCUAUCUGGUCCUCUUGGGCACGCUUCAAAGAAAACGUCAACGAAUCUGUGAUCCUUGCCUUCGCCGAAGAAAUCAGUUCAAAUGGCUACCCGAACGCCCAAGUCGAAAUUGACGAUAAUUGGGAAACGUGUUACGGAGAACUCUCCUUCGAUCCAGAGAAGUUUCCAGAUCCAGCAAGGAUGAUUCGCGAUUUAAAUGACAUGGGAUAUCGCACUACUGUCUGGGUCCACCCCUUCAUGAAUUCAAAUUGUGAACAAUAUCCGAUCGCAUCUGACGCUAAAUAUUUCAUCCUGAACGGCGCAAAAAAUCAAACUGCGUGGUCCGUGUGGUGGAAAGGAUUCGGGGGACUUGUGGAUUUCACGAAUCCUCGAGCUGUCGAAUGGUACGAAAUCAAUUUUUCUUCACAUUUCUCGCAUGGCUUACUUCGGCAUGUGCAAUUUUGUGCUACGUCGAUGGAUUUGAAUAUUCUUCGCGAGACGAAUGGACACCGCUGCCGGAUGCGAUCAGAAAUAGUUAAUCCGUUGAUGUUGCCUUUGUUCGUAAAGCAUGCUUUUAUUGCUUCGGAAUACACUCGACCGCUGGACUUGCUUCAGCAAGAAAUGAACACCGAGCACCCAUCUUCCGGGAAAUUUCCUGAUUCUUAUUCCAGGUUCACUGGACGCUUGGAAAAACUGCGGGCAGAGACUGGGAUUGAUUCGUUCAAGUUUGAUGCGGGUGAAGUGAAUUGGAUUGCGAGGGAUUACUCGUUGUUUGAUGCAACACUGAUGUCCCAGCCGGAAGCGUUUUCAACACGUUACGUGGACAUCGUGUCGCACUUCGGUCCAAUGGCCGAAGUUCGAACGGGUAGGAGGAAUCAAAAUGCGGGAAUUUAUUUUAGAAUGCUGGACAAAUUGAGCGUUUGGGGUGACGCGAACGGACUGGCCACCUUGAUCCCGUCGCUUCUUCACUCGAACUUUAUCGGUUAUCCUUUCGUAUUGCCCGAUAUGAUUGGCGGAAAUGGCUACAGCGAAGAAUUCUUGCUUGGAGACUCAAUCCUUGUUGCGCCUGUGCUAGAGGAAGGAGAAACUUCCAGAGAUAUAUAUUUACCUCGUGGGCGUUGGGAGGAUCAGGUGUCAGAAGACCGUCCGGUUUACGAAGGGCCGAUCACUUUGGAGAAUUACCCGGCACCAUUGGAUGUUCUUCCGUACUUCAUAGCAGUUCCCUGAAAAACUGACCUCUUCUGAUGUGUAUCGAAUCGUAGACAAUGAACUGAUGUACUGUAUAACGCUCUAUUCACCUUCGUCGCAGUUGCUUUUAAUCUAAUCGUGCUGGGUGCAUGAAAAAUGGGAACGAUAUUUUAUGCCUGGGUCGAUCGUCACGUGCUUCAGAUCUUCGAUCGUUAGAAACGAACGAGCAGGUGUGGAUUUUCCAUUGAAUGUCCCUCUCACAUUCGUAUGCGUGUGCUCAGUUUUGUGGCGAAAUAAAAUGACGUCGUGGAAUUA